AUGACAGUAGCCACCUCAAGUAGAAGGAAUUCGAGGAGAUCUAGCUUAUCUUCAGAAUCUAGUUUAACUAACCAUACAGCUUCAGCAAAACCAAAGAACUCUUAUAUACAAAAGAAUUCCUCAGUAUCAGGUGGAGGUGGUACAUCACACAGCUGUUAUAGUCACAAAGGUAGAUCUGGAAGUGGUUUUGGCUCCAGUUCCUCAUAUGAAAAUAGGGCCUAUCUUGUUUCAGGAGGAGGUUCUUGUAUUGGAAAUAAUGGUAGUAUGGGUAGCAUGAAUAGAGGUUUAUUAACACCAAAUGCUCACUUGGAUGAUUUAUCGGCAGAGAGAGUGGGGAAUAGUUCACCAAAUUGGACAUUGAGUACAGAUGUUUGCAGUUUAAAAGAUUUUAAGGGACUUUUAGAAUGUAAAAGUGAGCAUGCAGAAUCGGUUCUGAGAAAGUACUCAGGAAUUAAAGGAAUGAAUGGUGGCAGGGGGAUCAGACAGGUUCUAGCUUCCAUAGUACGUGGAUCACGUACAUCAAAAAACAGAAGUUCCUCUGUGGAUUCAGGAUCAUGCGGGGCUUCUUCUUCAUCAUCAUCUACAGGCUUAGUGUCAAAUAUUAAUCGCAAAAAUACUGCUGGAGGAGAUGGAACCGGCGUAAGAAUAACAAGUGAGGAAAGUAUUGAUGGAGUUUCCAAUAAUGAUAGUAGAGAGUGUAAUAUUUUAACAGGACAACCAAUUCAAAAAGCAAUACUUACUCAAAGAGAUAUUAUGGAAUUAAGAGGAAAAAUAGAUAAAGUACUAUCAACAGAAGAUAGUUUUGUAAGAUCAGCAUUACAAUCAUUUCAACAAUUUGAUUUGGAUGGUGAUGGUAAUUUAACAAUUGAAGAAUUACUGGAUUUAUUGACAACAUUAGGGGAGCAUUUGGCAUUACCUCCUAUAAACAGAAAAGUAGUUGCUAAUGAAAUAAGUAUACGCUUAAACUCAAAGUUGACAGUGGAUAGCAAUGCAUCAGAGAGCAGAAUGUUGAUCAGCUUUCCAUUCUUUCUCAAAUAUUAUUUAAGUGUAUUAACUACAAUAAGACAAAAACAUUUCAGUUCUGUAAGGGCUAAUGGAGAAUUACAACAAAAUAGAGCAAUACGUAAACAUUUAGUACAUGAGGAUGAUAUCAAUGAUUUAUAUACAUUCCAUUAUCAAUUAGGAGCAGGGACUUAUGGUGAGGUAUUUCUUGUAACUGAGAAUUAUACAAGACAAAGAAGAGUGUGUAAGAUUGUUGAUAAAGUAAAAUGCCGCAGAAAGUUGGAUGAAAUAGAUCAUGAGGUCGAAAUUUUAAAGCAGUUAGAUCAUCCUGGUCUUGUGCAUAUUUAUGAGGUUUAUGAGGACAGGCUAAAUCUUUAUUUUAUAUUGGAAUUCUGUGCUGGAGGGAACUUAUUUCACUCUUUGCAAGAUGCGAUUCAGUCAGGAUUCCGCUUUUCAGAGUUUCAUGUUUCACGCAUAAUUCAACAAAUAUUAUUGGCAAUACGUUAUUUACAUUUAAAGAGGGUUGUACACAAAAAUUUGAAACCACAAAAUAUACUUUUAACUAACUCUUUUGGAAGUGGAAAUACUUCUGUUAAGCUUGUUGACUUUGGACUAGCUGAAAUUUUUUCCUCUGACGAAAUGAUUCUUCUGGAUUCAUCAUCCACCCCAAGUACUGACUCAUUUUUAGAGUCAUCACUGCAAUCGCUACCUACUUCCUCGCUUUCCUCUUAUUUGAACCAGGGUUCUGUCAAAACUCAAACUCACGCCCAAAACUCUUUAUUUUCGAAUCCCUGCCGAAAUAAUGUAAAUGAAGUUACUAACAUCUCUGGUGUGAGCUCAAACCAAAAUUCUAAUCCAAGCCUAAACGCAAAUCGGAAUCUUGGCUCAAAUCUUGAUGGUUCUCAUCUAAAGGAAUCCUCAAACCUACAUAAACAUCAAAACCAACAGCAAAAAGAAUCCUCAACUUCUUACUCAAAAUACCUGGAUUUCACUGCCCCCGAGAUUCUUAAAGGAGAACCCUUCUCCUAUAGCCUCGAUGUAUGGUCUGUGGGAGUCAUCAUGUAUUCUAUCAUUACUGGGCGCCACCCUUUUUGUGGCAGGUCGCGCGCAGAAACCAGGCAUAAUAUCUGCUUUGGCGCCCCCGCCAUCUCCGAAAUUACAUGUGUUUCAAAUGCAUGUAAGUCAUUAUUAGGAAAAUUACUCGAGAAGAAUCCAAGGGAAAGGAUAAGUGUAGAUGAAGCUUUAAGCCAUGACUGGUUUUCAAUUUCUCAUUCUAGUUACUGUGAAGUAGAUAUAGGUAUGCCUUUACUGGCCCACUUAAAAGUAUAUACAAGACAGUCAGAAUUGAGACAUAUAUUGAUACAUAUGUUAUCCCACCAAUUGGCAUUAGAUACAACUCAAAUUAACAUGGCAACCAGUGUUUUUAAAUCACUUGAUACUGACCAUGAUGGAGUAUUGUCAGUAUCAGAAUUAAGUUGUGGAUUACAAAAAUUAGGAAUAUCAUCCAGAGAAUCAUCAAUGAUCAUAAAAGCUAUGGAUAUUGAUGGUAAUGGAAUCAUAUCCUAUAGCGAGUUUAUAUCAGCUUGCCAUAUUUGGAGACAAAAUGAAAUCAGACAGUUGAAGUCUUUUUUUAUGAAAAUUGAUAGAAAUAAUCAAGGAAAAAUUACAAGAGAAGAGUUUAAGCAAUUACUUAAAGCACAAAAGUCUAAAUUACUCUCAAAUAUUACAAAAAGUUUUUCUGCUGGUAAUGAAGUAAACUACAGGACUAUUCUCCCAUCAUCUAACCAGGGUGUAUAUACUGAAUGGGAUUCUGUUCUUGAUGAGAUUGAUACCAAUCGAGAUGGGCUUAUUGAUUGGAAAGAAUUCUGUACUUUUAUUGUUGACUACUUUAACACUUCCAGGGAGUCUUUAAGGGCUUGUUAUAACAGUGGCAAUAUCUCUAAUCUUCCCUCUCCCACCAUUUCUGUUUCCUCUCCUUUUGCUACUGAUCCUACCGAUGUAGUAGGACUUGGGAGGAGAGUGUCUGGCCUCCGCCCCAUGCAGGAAACCAAGCCAACUUAG